CCGCCGCACCUGCCACCAUGUCGCCGGCGCCGGGUCAUGUCUGACUCUCUCUGGACCGCGCUGUCCAAUUUCUCGAUGCCCUCCUUCCCCGGCGGCAGUAUGUUCCGCCGCACCAAGAGCUGCCGCACCAGUAACCGGAAAAGCCUCAUCUUGACCAGCACGUCGCCCACGCUGCCGCGACCCCACUCCCCGCUGCCGGGCCACUUGGGCAGCAGUCCGCUGGACAGCCCUCGCAACUUCUCCCCCAACACUCCCGCCCAUUUCUCUUUCGCCUCCUCCCGAAGGGCGGAUGGACGCCGCUGGUCUCUGGCCUCGCUGCCUUCCUCUGGCUAUGGAACCAACACACCCAGCUCCACCGUCUCGUCCUCCUGCUCCUCCCAGGAGCGCCUGCACCAGCUGCCCUACCAGCCCACGGUGGACGAACUCCACUUCCUCUCCAAGCACUUCGGCAGCACCGAGAGCGUCACGGACGAGGAUGGCGGCCGUCGCUCGCCGGCAGUGCGGCCGCGGUCCCGGAGUCUCAGCCCCGGGCGCUCGCCCUCCUCCUACGACAACGAGAUCGUCAUGAUGAACCAUGUCUACAAGGAGAGGUUCCCCAAGGCCACAGCGCAGAUGGAAGAGAAGCUGCGCGACUUCACGCGCGCCUACGAACCCGACAGCGUGCUGCCGCUGGCUGACGGCGUGCUCAGUUUUAUCCACCACCAGAUCAUCGAGCUGGCCCGGGACUGCCUGGCCAAGUCCCGCGAUGGUCUCAUCACCACCGUCUACUUCUACGAGCUGCAGGAGAACCUGGAGAAGCUGUUGCAGGAUGCCUAUGAACGCUCCGAGAGCUUGGAGGUGGCCUUUGUCACACAGCUGGUGAAAAAACUGCUCAUUAUCAUCUCCAGGCCCGCCAGGCUGCUGGAGUGCCUGGAGUUCAACCCCGAGGAAUUUUACCACUUGUUGGAGGCAGCGGAGGGCCAUGCCAAGGAGGGCCACCUUGUGAAGACCGACAUCCCCCGCUACAUCAUCCGCCAGCUUGGUCUCACCCGGGACCCCUUCCCAGACGUGGCGGCACAUCUAGAGGAGCAGGACAGCGGUGGUUCCAACACCCCGGAGCCGGAUGAGCUCUCAGAGGGUCCCAGCGGAGCCUCCAAGGCCAAGAAGCCCCCCGGGGAGAACGAUUUUGACACCAUCAAGCUGAUAAGCAAUGGGGCCUAUGGCGCCGUGUACCUGGUGCGCCACCGCGACACGCGCCAGCGCUUCGCCAUGAAGAAGAUCAACAAGCAGAACUUGAUCCUGCGGAACCAGAUCCAGCAGGCCUUCGUGGAGCGCGACAUCCUCACGUUCGCCGAGAACCCCUUCGUCGUCGGCAUGUUCUGCUCCUUCGAGACGCGGCGCCACCUGUGCAUGGUCAUGGAGUACGUGGAAGGUGGUGAUUGUGCCACCCUGUUGAAGAACAUCGGGGCACUGCCCGUGGAGAUGGCCCGCAUGUACUUCGCCGAGACGGUGCUGGCGCUGGAGUACCUGCACAACUAUGGCAUCGUGCACCGGGACCUCAAGCCGGACAAUCUCCUUAUCACGUCCAUGGGCCACAUCAAGCUCACGGAUUUUGGGCUCUCCAAAAUGGGGCUCAUGAGCCUCACCACCAACUUGUACGAAGGCCACAUUGAGAAAGACGCCCGCGAGUUUCUGGACAAACAGGUGUGUGGGACCCCAGAGUACAUCGCCCCGGAAGUGAUCCUACGCCAGGGCUACGGCAAGCCGGUGGACUGGUGGGCUAUGGGCAUCAUCCUGUAUGAAUUCCUCGUGGGCUGCGUGCCCUUCUUCGGAGACACGCCGGAGGAGCUCUUCGGCCAGGUCAUCAGCGACGACAUCCUGUGGCCCGAAGGGGACGAAGCCCUGCCCACAGACGCCCAGCUUCUGAUAUCCAGCCUGCUGCAGACCAACCCCUUGGUCCGACUUGGGGCAGGUGGCGCCUUUGAGGUGAAGCAGCACAGUUUCUUUCGAGAUCUGGACUGGACCGGGCUGCUGAGGCAGAAGGCCGAGUUCAUCCCGCACCUGGAAUCGGAGGACGACACCAGCUACUUUGACACCCGCUCGGACCGGUAUCACCACGUGAACUCCUACGACGAGGACGACACGACGGAAGAGGAGCCCGUGGAGAUCCGCCAGUUCUCCUCCUGCUCCCCUCGCUUCAGCAAGGUGUAUAGCAGUAUGGAGCAGCUGUCACAGCACGAGCCCAAGACCCCCGUGGCAGCAGCAGGGACCAGCAAGCGGGAGCCAAGCGCCAAGGGCCCCGAGGAGAAAGUGGCCAGCAAGCGGGAGGGGCUGGGGGGCCUGACCCUGCGAGAGAAGACCUGGAGAGGGGGCUCCCCUGAGAUCAAACGCUUCUCUGCGUCCGAGGCCAGUUUCCUGGAAGGAGAGGCCAGUCCGCCGCUGGGCGCGCGUCGCCGCUUCUCGGCGCUGCUGGAACCCAGCCGCUUCAGCGCCCCCCAAGAAGAUGAGGAUGAGGCCCGGCUGCGCAGGCCUCCCCGGCCCAGCUCUGACCCGCCAGGCUCCCUGGAUGCCAGGGCUUUCAAAGAGGCGACUCCAUUGGAAGGCGCUCCCAGCGCUGCGGGAGACCCCGAAGGCACUGACCGCACGCGCCCGGGCGACCUCUGCCCGCCCUCGAAGGACAGUGAUACGUCAGGCCCUAGGGCCACCAAUGACCUGGUUCUGCGCCGGGCCCGGCACCAGCAGCUGUCCGGGGAUCCGGCGGUGGAGAAGCGGCCUGCUCGAACUGGAGGCAAAGUCAUCAAGUCAGCCUCGGCCACUGCCUUGUCCGUCAUGAUCCCUGCAGUGGACCCACAUGGAAGCUCACCCCUUGCUAGCCCCAUGUCCCCGCGGUCUCUCUCCUCCAACCCAUCCUCGAGGGACUCCUCACCCAGCCGGGACUACUCACCGGCCGUCAGUGGGCUCCGCUCCCCGAUCACCAUCCAGCGCUCGGGCAAGAAGUAUGGCUUCACGCUGCGUGCCAUCCGUGUCUACAUGGGCGACUCGGACGUCUACAGCGUCCACCACAUUGUCUGGCACGUGGAGGAGGGGGGCCCAGCCCAGGAGGCAGGGCUCUGUGCUGGAGAUCUGAUCACACACGUGAAUGGAGAGCCUGUGCACGGGAUGGUGCACCCUGAGGUCGUGGAACUGAUCCUUAAGAGCGGCAGCAAGGUGGCCGUGACCACCACGCCCUUUGAAAACACCUCCAUCCGCAUUGGCCCUGCAAGGCGAAGCAGCUACAAGGCCAAGAUGGCUCGGAGGAACAAGCGCCCUUCUGCCAAGGAGGGCCAGGACAGCAAGAAACGCAGCUCCCUCUUCCGGAAGAUCACGAAGCAGUCGAACCUGCUACACACGAGCCGCUCGCUGUCGUCGCUGAACCGCUCGCUGUCCUCCAGCGACAGCCUCCCGGGCUCGCCCACGCACGGGCUGCCGGCGCGCUCACCCACGCACAGCUACCGCUCCACGCCGGACUCGGCCUAUCUAGGCGCCUCGUCCCAGAGCAGCUCACCGGCCUCGAGCACGCCCAACUCUCCCGCUUCCUCCGCUUCGCACCACAUCCGGCCCAGCACACUGCACGGCCUGUCGCCCAAGCUGCACCGCCAGUACCGCUCGGCGCGCUGCAAGUCGGCGGGCAAUAUCCCGCUGUCGCCGCUGGCGCACACGCCGUCCCCGACGCAGGCGUCGCCGCCGCCGCUGCCGGGCCACACGGUGGGCAGCUCGCACACCACGCAGAGCUUCCCCGCCAAGCUGCACUCCUCACCGCCCGUCGUGCGCCCGCGCCCCAAGAGCGCCGAGCCCCCGCGCUCGCCGCUGCUCAAGCGCGUGCAGUCGGCUGAGAAGCUGGGCGCCUCGCUGGGCGCAGACAAGAAGGGGGCCCUGCGCAAACACAGCCUCGAGGUGGGCCACCCGGACUUCCGCAAGGAUUUCCACGGAGAGCUGGGGCUGCACAGCCUGGCCGAGUCCGACGGCGAGACGCCCCCCAUCGAGGGUCCUGGCGCCACCCGGCAGGUGGCGAUGCGCCGCCUUGGCCGCCAGGAGUCGCCCCUGAGCCUGGGCGCAGACCCGCUGCCUCCCGAGGGCGCGCCCAGGCCACCUGCCCUGGGCAAGGAAGAGUCUCCUGGUGGCGGCGCAGAGGCCUACACCCCGCCCCGCGCGACCACCCCCGGGGGCCGGACCCUGGAGCGGGAUGCCAGCUGCACGCGGCACCAGAGCGUGCAGACGGAAGAUGGCGCCGGCGGUGCGGUGCCCAGGGCUGUGGCCAAGGCGGCACUGAGCCCGGUGCAGGAGCACGAGACGGGCCGGCGCAGCAGCUCGGGCGAGGCGGGCACUCCCCCGGUGCCCAUUGUGGUGGAACCCGCGCGGCCAGCAGCGCCCCAGCUUUCCCGCGCGGACUCCAAGGGGUUACAGGAACCUGUGCCCCAGGCGCCUGCGGCACCCGAAGCCCCCCGGGGCCGGGAGCGCUGGGUACUGGAAGUGGUGGAGGAGCGGACCACGCUGAGCACACCUCGCUCCAAGCCCGCCUCCGCCAAGCUGUCCCCGGACCCCCAGGCCCCCUCCCUAGCCCCAACCAAGAGUGCGCCCAGCAGCGCAGUGCCCCCGACCACACCUUCCCUCCCGGUCCCAGGCACCAAGCCUGAAGUGGGGCCGACCUCCCGGUGCCCUGCUGAAGCUGUGGCCCCGGCAGGCCCGGCCAAAAAAGGGGUGUCCAGCCCCGCAGCCCCCGGCCCAUAGCCCAAAGGGGCCCGUGGCCAUGCUCUGUACAGCGCCUGUAUACAUAUGUACACAUAUAAAUAAA